UAAACCCAUUGAGUAAGUAAGCAAUCACUCGUUUUCGCGUCCAUACACGGAAAGCAGAGAAGCAGCUCAACUAGCAGCACAGCAACCCAUCCUGAAGCUAACUCAAUAUCCAAUCUCUGAAAAUGGCUUGCAAGUACCAUUGGGUAAUUAUAAUUACAUUUCACGCUCUCCUCUUUGCUGACCAUUGCCACGGUCAUCGCAUCCUGGCAGUCAUGCCGUAUGCCUCAACAAGUCACAAGAGCACAAUCGUUCCUCUGAUUUCUGAGCUGGCGGCACGGGGCCACCAUGUCACUUACGUGUCUGGAAAGCCAACCGCACAACUGCAGAAGACGAGCAAUGUGAGAGAAAUUGUUAUCGACAUGAAAGUUGAGUUCACUGUCGCUAACAGAGGAUCUGGCAAACAGUCCUUUUUUGAAAACAUUGUGGAUCGACCUUUCAAGACUAAAAUGGCGUUCCUUGAAAAAUUCCGCGAAGUACCUGAAAGUACGAUCAACAGUACUUUUAAAGAUCCCCAAAUCAGACGCAUGAUGGAAAACGAAAAAUUCGAUCUCGUACUUAUUUCAGUCAUUACCGCUUACGUUGGCUAUCCGCUGGCUUGGCAUUUCAAUUGUCCGUUCAUUGUAAUGAGCCCCAAUGUUGUGCUGGCCGAUAUGCCGUUCGUAAUGGGAGAUUCGGAACACACCGAGUACGUCCCUUUCAUCAUGUCUGGUUUCACGCAUCAUAUGAGCUUGAUGCAGCGCACAAUCAACACAGCCCUUGUCCAUUUGACGACGAAGAUUCCGAAAUCGUUCAACACGCCCGUCUUCGACAAACUGGUACAACUUUUACCUGCGUGUCCUCCUCUGCUGGACAUCGAACACAACGUGAGCCUUGUUUUUACAAACACUCACCCGAGUAUCUCUUACCCACGAGCAAGUCCACCUAGCCUGAUCGAAGUUGGAGCUAUUCAUUGCCGACAUGCGCAGCCCUUACCAACGGAUAUGGAAGAGUUUAUUGAAGAUGGAGGCAAUGCUGCUGGGUUUGUAGUCUUCACCGUUGGAUCCGUCAUUCAGAUGGAUGAGAUGCCCGAAAAAAUCCUACAGGUGUUUAAGAAUGUGUUUGCCCGUUUGCCCCAGAAAGUGAUCUGGCAGUGGAAAAAUCAACCGAGAAAUCAGACCAUGCCUCCCAAUGUAAUGCUAUCCAGUUGGCUGCCCCAACAAGACCUUUUAGGUCAUCCAAAGUGCAGAGGAUUCCUUACGCACGGAGGCCUGUUGAGUACUCAGGAGGCUGUGUAUCAUGGCGUCCCUGUAAUUGGAAUUCCGUUUGUGACCGACCAAGAAAACAACAUGAUCAAAGCCGUUAUGGAUGGUUAUGCCAUCAAACUCGCCUGGAACGACAUAGACGAAGAGAAAUUGCAUGGCGCCAUUCUUGAUAUCCUUAAUGAAGAAAAGUAUCGAUCCAACGUCAAACGAUUACAGUCUUUGCUCAGAGAUCAGCCAGAAACACCACUAGAAAGAGCCGUAUUUUGGACCGAAUAUGUACUGCGUAAUAAAGGUGCUCCUGCAUUGGAGCUCGGGUCACGAAACCUGUCUCGUUUCCAACGAAACCUGAUCGAUGUCUAUUGCGUCUUGUUCACAAUACUCCUAUGUAUAACAGCAACAAUCAUCGGGAUCAUCAAAACGAUACGAAGGGCGCAACGGAGCUCCAAACAACACGAAAAGUAAAACGGAGUGGAAGCCCCAUGCAAGAGAAAAAUGAUCUCCAG